UGUACCCAUCACACAAAUAAUUUCUCUUUUAUUGUUUACUUUUUAACACUUUUUAUUAUAUUACUAGUAUUUUAAUUUUCUAGUCUUCACAUUAACUUUCUUUUGGGAAGAUUCUUUUGGGAAGAUUCUUUGGCCUCAAGUGGAAGACAGACCCCAAACACCAAAGUCUAUCCGCAGCUCAGGUAAAUCUUCAGAGAUUUCUACAUUUUUCCAGGAUCAGCAGAAAAUGAAGAAAUCCUAUGGAUCCUUGUCAUUUGAGGAUGUGACUGUGGGCUUCACCCAGGAGGAGUGGCAGCAUCUGGACCCUGCUCAGAGGACCCUGUACAGGGAUGUGAUGCUAGAGAACUACAGCCACCUCGUCUCAGUGGGAUAUUGCAUCCCUAAACCAGAAGUGAUCUUCACAUUGGAACAAGGAGAGCAGCUAUGGAUAUUAGAGGAAGAGCUCCCAGGCCAGAGAUACCCAGAUCAUCCAGAAACAAUAAGGAAAAAGAACAACACAAAGUUUAUCUCAUGACAAUAGAGGAUAUCUGAAACCCCAAAUCAAUACAAGUGGAAAUGCUGCCAGAAU